CCCGCCCCGCCCCCCUGCAGCGACCCUGCGCCGAGCUGACUGAUCGAGCGAGCCGAGUCCCGAGAAAAAUAUAUUGGUCAUUAUGUCUGGAGGAGAACCAACGAGCAAGAAGUCGAAGAUGUCGAGCUCUCUGGCACAGCUGAAGGAGUUGACCAUCGUAGUGGCCGACAGCGGCGACUUCGAAGUGAUGGAAAAGUACAAACCAACCGACGCAACGACAAACCCGUCGCUAAUCCUGUUGGCCGCGAAAAUGCCCCAGUACAAACACCUCAUUGAAAAGGCUGUCGAGUAUGGAAAAUCUGCUGGCAAGAACGAGAAGGAGCAACUGGAGGAGGCCAUGGACAAGCUGCUGGUGCUCUUUGGAACUGAAAUCCUGAAAAUCGUGCCCGGCAGAGUGUCCACUGAGGUUGAUGCCAAACUCAGUUUUGACAAGAACGGCAGUGUGAAAAAGGCCAUCAAGCUGAUAAGCAUGUACAAGGAGCACGGAAUCGAAAAGGAGAGGAUUCUGAUUAAGCUCGCCUCCACUUGGGAAGGAAUCCAAGCCGCAAAAGAGUUGGAAGAAAAGCACGGCAUCCACUGCAACCUGACUCUGCUCUUCUCCUUCUGCCAGGCGGUGGCCUGUGCCGAGGCAGGAGUCACCCUCAUUUCGCCCUUCGUUGGGAGAAUUCUCGACUGGUAUGUGGCCAACACUGACAAGAAGAGUUACAAGCCGGACGAAGACCCUGGCGUGGUGUCCGUGACCCGCAUUUACAAUUAUUACAAGAAGUUCAACUACAAAACAGUUGUGAUGGGCGCCUCCUUCCGCAACAUCGGUGAGGUGAAAGCCCUGGCCGGCUGCGACCUGCUCACCAUCAGCCCAAAGCUGCUGGAAGAAUUAGACAGCAGCAACGAACCAGUUCCCAUUAAACUCUCCUCCGAAAAAGCUAAAAGCAGCAGCGAGAAGAAAAUCGAGUUGAGCGAGGAGCAGUUCCGCUGGAUGCUGAACGAGGACCAGAUGGCCACCGACAAGUUGUCGGACGGAAUCCGCAAGUUCUCAGAGGACGCCAGAAAGUUGGAGAAAUUGAUCACGGAGUUGCUCGAUUGAAAUGAAAACAUUCCUGCUGUUCUCAUGAUCUUUUCUUGAGGGAAAUCGGUUCACUCUUAAUCAUGCAUUUUUCGCACUAACAAUUUGAUCGAAUUUGUUGUUAUUUUUCUACGAGAGCAUGUCUGCCUCAAUUUUAUUAGAGAAUAGUUCCUACUAAAGGUUGACAUUCCUGUUGGAUUUUCAUUAAAAGGUGAAAUGAAUUUUACGAAUUUUA